GAAAGUACAGAAUGCAUCAAAUUUUUAAACUGAAAGCGCGUUUUUUAAAUAGGACACCAUUCCAUCUACAACUUGCUAGUUUGACAUGUGAUGCAUGCUGUAAAAUGAACAUUCAUAUUGCUUUUCCAGACAAACCAGUGUACUUGGAACGUUAUGAAGGAGGAAAAAACUUAUUACAGAAGAAUAAAAAAGAAACGAGUGAACUUUCACUUUCGGAUUGUUUUACAGAUCAAAAUGACAUUUUGCUAUUCCCCAACAUCUUAAAGGAAAACACUGAUACAGUAUCAAAUUAUAUCAAAAGUGCCAUUCGUUCCCAAAAGCUGUUGAGAGAAAUCACUCUUAAAUAUGCAUGUAAUUGUAAUGUCUCACUCAGUACAUUCACUGAUAUUGACUCAAAUCAAGACUCACAUGAAAAAAUAUACAGAGGUGUUAGUGUUUUCACACAUCAUUCAAAUGAAACAUUUAGUGCAAAUGAUGUUAUUAAAAUGGCCUAUGAAAAUAAUUUUAAAAGACACUAUUUUAUUAAACAAAUAAAAGAAGGAAGAUGCAGGGUUGAAGAAAGAGAUUCAAAAACGAUGGAUGUCCUAUCAGAUCAGUUAUACAUAAUGAAAGACAGCUGGGAAAUAAUUGAAAAAUGUUCUUCUUUCACACAGUGUCAGUCAAGGUCAUUUACUAAACCAGACUUGUGUCCUGUUUUUCACAGCUUUGUUGAAGCUAGAGAAAUAUUGUCCAAGUGUAAAGAUAUGCCUGAAGCUGUCACCUUGCUAGAUAUUGCUGACAAAAAUAUACCAGGCAACUUUGAUGUGAAUGAAUUACAAAAGCAGAUACAAUAUCCAUUUGUAGUGGUAGAAGGACUUGAUGCUACAGGUAAAACAACAUUAACUGAAACAUUAGAGAAAAAAUUGAAUGCAGUGAGAUACUACACUCCUCCUCCUGAAGUUGGCCAUCUAAGAAAGUUCUUUGAUGAUAUGCCAGAGAUCAUAAGGAGAGCUUAUUACUGCAUUGGCAAUUAUAUUGUAGCCAUACAAAUAGCUAAGGAAUGUCAGAACAAAGCAGUUAUAAUGGAUAGAUUUUGGCACAGUACUACAGCAUAUGGGAUAGCCAAUGAAACCAGUACUUCUGACAUGCCACCCAGAGGACACUGGGUGUACCAAUGGCCAUCAGAUCUACUGAAGCCUACACUAGUUCUUUUCCUGACAGUAACAGAGGAAGUUAGGAGGCAAAGGUUGUCUGGUAGAGGAGGAGCCAUAACAUUUGAGGAGCAGCACUUAGACAAGGAUAUUUUAUUCAGACAAAGGCUUUGUAAAGCAUACAGAAGAAUGGAAAAUCCUGCCUGUAAUGAAAUAGAUGCAAAAGGAUCAAAAGAAAGUGUAGUGAAGGCAGCAGAAGAAACACUAGAAAAACAUGGCAUAAAAAUGUAGAUACUGAGGUGAAAAAACAUGUCAUUGAUAUUAGAUUUAUUUAUACCUGUCACAUAAUUAUACUGUAAUCAUAUUUUAGCAGUAGGAAUAUAAUUCUUAUACAGCCAUUGCAAAGGAGAGGGUAAACUGGUUGAAACAUGUCCGAAUGUCCAUCUCUAUCUCUAAUACAUUUAUAUUGAAUUAUUCUCAGUAUAAAUAUUUGGUACAAAGCUUCAUAUUGGUAAGCUAUACCCUGUUACACAUUUUCAGAUCAGUCACAUAUCUACUUUCUGUUUGCAGCAUACAUGUACAUUCUUUAAAUUGAUGCAUGCAUAAUAAAUUUUUGUCACAUUUUUCUCAGCAACUACAAAUCAAGAGCUUCUUGAUAUUUGGUAGCAAGCUUCAUAUUGGUAAGCCAUAAAUGUAACACAUUUUCAGAUCUGUUAAUGAAUUACGUGUUUGACAUUCAGUUCAACUCACAGAUAUGAUUAUAGACAAGCCAACUCUUAGAUAUGGUUAUAGACAAGUAAACUCCGUUCUAGUAAAAUUUUCCGCAUGAAUUUUUGUCAGUAAGAUUUAAACUUGUACUACCUUUGUAACAAAUUACUUACAAAUGUAGGGCAGAACAUCAAAAAGAAAAUCACUUAUACAUAUAGGUAAAUUUGAACCAGAUCUAUAAAUAGUAAUGGUGUUUCUGUUAGUCCUUUGGUCUCACUUUUGUAUCCACUUCUGGAUCUGAACCGCUUGACAGAAUCUUGUAAAACUUUCACAAAUCUUGCUCACAUGAUGUACUGUUCUAUCUACUAUAUCAUUUCUUCAUCCAAAUGAUAUUUUGGAUUUAUUUUGCCAAUUUGGAAUGAAUGGACAAUGCCACAUCCACAUACUACAUAACACAUUUGUAUUCCCUUCUCCUAAGUCUGGCCCCUACUCUGAAUUUAAUGAAACUUUCUAAGAAUCUUCACUAUAUAAUUCCAUUGUGCAUCUCCUAUUUUGUUUUAUUUUAUCUGAAUUUUUUUAAUGGUUUCCCUAAGCAAAUCAUUGAUUUUGAAAGGGCAGGGGUAUCAUUUUGUGUGCUUUGGUUGCAAUACAUCUAGUUUAAUCUGAAAUGAUUUAAUUUUGGAGUAACACGUCUUCUGAUUGGCUGAAAGUUUUUUGUCUAUCAGCUCAUAGAUGUAAUUUUGUCAUGUGACCGUGACAUCAUGAACGUUUUUUCAAGAUUUACUCUUUAAUUAGAAUUAAAUUAUAAGGAAUGACUAAUAUUUUUUCUGUCUAUUCAAAAUUACCUCAAAAAUGUGGUGCACACUUUUAAAUAACCGGCCACAUGGGUUAUUCAGUGUGCACCACAUUUUUCAUGUUAUUUCUUCAUAGACAGAAAAAAUAUUAAAGUCAUUCCUUAAAUAGACAAAUGUUAUUGUGUGUCAAUUUCCUGGAAUUGUCUGAAAGUACUAUUAAUUUUUUUAGUCUUAGAUGCAUGAUUUUUUUAUUAGUUGUUAUUGGGUUUGAACUAGCUGACAGUAACUGUGAGUACUCUCAAAUCUGUACUUGUGUCUUUUUGUUGUGGGGAUGUAUAAGUACCCUGCCACGUCCACUGUGUCUUUGUUAGAUGUAUUUCUGUUUUGUAUCCAUCUGACGAGUUUGUAUCAAUCUGAUGAGUUAAGCCCUUUUCAGUUUGUUCUUAUGUUGUACUGUUACACCACUGUCCCAGGUUAGGGGGAGGGUUGGCGCCUUCAAACUAUUUAACCCCGCCACAUUCUAUAUGUGCCUGUCCCAAGUCAGGAGCCUGUAAUUCAGUGGUUGUCAUUUGUUGCUGUAUAUCAUAUUUGUUUUUCGUUCAUUAUUUUGUACGUAAAUCAGGCCGUUAGUUUUCUCGUUUGAAUUGUUUUACAUUUGUCAUAUGGGCUUUUUAUAGCUGACUAUGCGGUAUGGGUUUUACUCAUUGUUGAAAGCUGUACGGUGACCUAUAGUUGUUAAUAUCUGUGUCAUUUGGUCUUUUGUGAAGAGUUGUCUCAUUGGCAAUCAUACCACAUCUUCUUUUUAUAUUCUCAAACAAGCAGUUGAGAAUUGGUCUUUUAUUAAUUUUGUUUGUUUUGUUUGUUGUCAUUUGAUUUUAAAUAUUAGUAAAAAUGGUUUUAAAAAAUGUGAAAAUGUUUUUUUGUUUAUAAUAUUUAAUAAUUUUAAAAAUCAUUUCAUUUAGUUUGCUUUGAUAGCAUGUUAUUCUUUGCCAUAUCAUGUUUUUUUAUACCUGAUUAUUGUAUAUUAUAUUCUUAUUAUCUCAUAUUACGUCUCUAAAUAAACAAACAUUUUAUAUUGGACAAAUGAUUGUUUCUUUCAUAUCAAGCCAAGCAUUUUGGUGCUUUACAUGUGACCAUAACUAUUUGGAAGUUAAAAUCACUGAAAAUUAAAAUCUUGCUGUCUUGCAUUUUGCAAGGAUGUUGUUCAUGAUUAGACAGCCAGUCACCUGACUUCAUUUUUAAAAUCCAGUGGUGAGAUCGUUUUUGAGAUCAUAAAAGGUCAUAAAACUUAACUGUGUACUUUGGAGUACAAAAUUUUUGAUAGAAACACCAUAUCCAGUAUUUUGAUUUGUUGACAUCUGAGUCGGAGUAUGAAAACUGUACUAAAAUGUUUGAUGACCAUAAGGCCUGUUCCUCAGUAACUGUACAUUAUAGGUCAAUACUAUUUGAUAUGUGGAUUGAUUGUGAGGAGAUUUAUAUGUCUGUUGCAUAUUUACUCAUAUUCAUAACCAAGUGUUGAGGUUUAAGAUCUUCAACUGGGAAUUUAUCUCAGCAAUUAUACAUUAAAGAAAAUAUUUUGAUGUUAAUAAAUAACAUGUACAGCAACAUGUGCACCUUACAAAUAUUAUUUGACCCUGAAAAGUUUCGUAGUUCAUAAUGCCCUUUAAAUUAACUCCUAUAUUGCAGCAAGUAAGACAUUUCAGUGUUUCAAAUGUUGUUUUGAAAGUAACUCGUAUGUUGGUUUUUGUUUCACCUGGACAAAGUCAUGAAGGUGAGACUAGAGCAUGCUGUUUCUUGGGGCAUCAGCAUUUUAUAAAGUUUGUGUGUAGGUCAGCUUAAAGGGUCACACUAAUGGUAUGUCAAUGAUAUUUGAUAUGCAGUUGAACUAAUAGUAGCACAUCUCAUUUCCAUGAAGACUAUUUGGCCCUGUCCCUUCAGUCAUUGUCUAUUGACUUGAAAACUUUUGCUUCGCUUUUAAAAAUGUUAAGUUUGUGGUAAGAUCAGUUUGAGGGAAACAACUAAUGGAAAGUCAAUGAUACUUUGUGUGCAGUUGAAGUAGCAUAAGUGCAUUUCACUACAAUUGAGAUUAUUUGGGUCUGCCCCUUAAAUCUUAUUUCAUUGACUUGGAAUUUUUGCAUAGUUUACAUGUAAACGUUUUUGAUUGGGUCAGUUUAAGGGAAACCGCUUCUGAUAGGUCAAUGAUAUUUGGUAUGCAGUUGUAUAAGCAUUGGCAUAUCUCAUUCCAUUGAGAUAGUUACUAUCAAUAUUACAUACAGGCAAGUUGUCGUUUGUUGAUUUGGUUCAUAAGUGUUUCUCGUUUUUUAUAUAUAUUAGACCGUUGGUUUCCCGUUUGAAUGGUUUUACACUAGUUAUUUUUGGGGCCCUUUAUAGCUUGCUGUUCCGUGUGAGCCAAGGCUCUGUGUUGAAGAUUGUACUUUGACCUGUAAUGGUUUAUUUUUAUAAAUUUUGACUUGGAUGGAGAGUUGGUUUCAUUGGCACUCAUACCACAAUUUCUUAUAUCUAUAUAAGACAUAUCUCUGUGUCAACAAUUUAUUAUGUUAUAUCUUCAUAUUAUACCUUAAUCGUGUGGAAAGAUAAUAACUCAUACAAAGAAUCAUUCAAUAGUUUCAGUCGUAUAAGAAUUUUUGUCAAAGUUGUAUCGUAUCAUUUUUACAGUUCACAGUUUCUACUAUCUAUGAUAGUUAUUCAAGAUAAUAGGAAAAAACUUGAAAAUUAGUAAUAAAAACUGUCAUUUAAGGAUAAUAACUCCUAUAAUGAGUCAUCUGAUUAUUUUGAUGGAAUUAGGAAAAAUGUAAGAGUUUGGCAUUCUAAGCAUGUAAUCCUCUGUCAAAUUUUCUCUAUUAUAGUUCCAAAGAUAUAGGACAUGUACUGCGUUAUACACCUAUAUUAUAUUUAGCCAUGGUGGCCAUGAUGGUUGAAAGGCAGGGAAAAAAACAUCUUUAUACUACAUACCCUAAGGAUCAAUCAGUUCAAGUUUGGUUGAAAUUAGUUCAGUGGCUUCAGGGCCUGAGGGGAGAUUUUUAAAAAGUUUAUGAUGAUGACUGACACCAAGAGAUGGUAAUAGCUCACAUGGACAAUAGGGCCAGGUUAGCUAAAAAUGGUCAUGUGAUUGGUCUUGAUGCAGUAAAAAAUAAAAUUUACUAUAAAUUUCUGCAAAAAGAGGUGCCCACACUAUAUAUAAUAAGUAGUAUAAUAGCAUCAUGUAAAAGGAAUAGAUUAAUAAAAUUGUACAUAAUCAAAUCUCUUGUUUAUAUAACCUCGACUUAAAAAUACCCAAUGAUGUAGCCAAUAUUGAUAUAUGAAAUGAAGAAGGUGGUAAUUUCAUUUCUCUAAUUCUUCGUCAAUUUAUCCCUUUCUGCACCCAUUGUAUAAAAAAAAUUUAAUCAACGUGUGGUUCGUUUGAUCUCAGUUCUUCAUUGGUUAAAAUCCGAUUAUGACGUCGAAUUUUCUUGCUUUCCUCUGAAUUUCCUAUUGUGACGGCAUGAAAAAAGGCGACCAUGCCUGAUGACGUCACAUAGAAAGAACACAUCAUUUUGCAGAUCAUUCGAAAAGAAGGAAUAAAUUUGCCUGCGUAUUGUUUGAAAAUCAUUAGAGAAACAGAUUCCACCACCAAAUCUCGUGUAAUACGAUAUUUAUCCACUCUCGACAGUUAAAUUUUAAAUAUUUAAAACGCUCGGCGAGCCUCGCGUUUUAAAUUUGAAAAUUUAACUGUCUCGAGUGGAUAAAUAUCGUAUCACACUCGAUGCAGUGGUAGAAUCUAUAUUUCUCUAAUUCUUCGUCAAUUUAUCCCUUUCUGCAUCCAUUGUAUAAAAAAAAUUUAAUCAACGUGUGGUCCGUUUGAUCUCAGUUCUUCAUUGGUUAAAAUCCUAUUAUGAUGUUGAAUUUUCUUGCUUUCCUCUGAAUUUCUUAUUGUGACGGCAUGAAAAAAGGCGACCAUGCCUGAUGACGUCACAUAGAAAGAACACAUCAUUUUGCAGAUCAGUCGAAAAGAAGGAAUAAGUUUGCCUGCAUAUUGUUUGAAAAUCAUUAGAGAAACAGAUUCCACCACCAAAUCUCGUGUAAUACGAUAUUUAUCCACUCUCGACAGUUAAAUUUUCAAUAUUUAAAACGCUCGGCGAGCCUCGUGUUUUAAAUUUAAAAAUUUAACUGGCUCGAGUGGAUAAAUAUCGUAUUACACUCGAUGCAGUGGUGGAAUCUAUAUAUACCAUAACUUAUAAAUCAUAACAAUAGGUUCAUAUAUUUCCAUGAUUUAUUUAUAACAUCUACAACAUAUACUUCAUGAAAACUUGGGUAUCCAUUAACAUGACAAAACAUUUCAUAGUUCAUGAAAGAGUACUAAUAUAUUUAACAUAAUUCAAAUUAGUCCAACCUUAGCUUAUGUCUGAGUGUAGUAAUACUUGUACUGUGUAGGUAAAAACUAAAAAUAAAACAAAAUUCAGCUGACAGAAGUUGUUAUCAGUGUAUUUUGAAGUU